AUGGAGUUCACAGACCGGGCACACCCGCCCUUGAAAAUUAGACGCACUCUAGAUCCCCCCAAGAAUGCAGAAAAUCAAAUCUACUGCGAUCAUCCAGAUUGCGACGGCACAAAGCCGACAUUUCGUCGUCCCUACGAAUGGAACACACACAUGGAUAAACAUGAGCGCCCCUAUAAAUGCCCUGAUCUAGAAUGUAAAUGGGCUACCAAGGGCUUUACCUACCCUGGUGGUCUAGUACGUCACCGGCAAGACGCCCACAAGAAAACCACAGAGACUAAGAACAAUCUGUUUUGUCACCACACUGGCUGCAAGCGCAGCAAAAGAAAUCCAUUUAAGCGAAACGGAAACCUUCAAAACCAUAUGCGUCGUUGCCACAUGGGCACCAAUGCUCUACUGUCAUCGGUCGUGACUGAACCGGAUCUGAUAAUCACCAGCAAGCUAAAAGAAAUUCGAACCAUUGCCAGCGGGGCCAAGCGCAAACUCGACUCGCCAGGUGGGGACCUUCUCGAUGAGCAGAACGAAGAUUUACAUGGAGAGGUUGAGAGACUAGAUUGGGAAGUACAAAAAAUAAAUCGCAGGCUGGAAGAGCUUGAGCGUAUCGUGGUGUGUGCGCAACAAGUAACGUCUCGGACUCCUCAGUCUGAGUCCGAGAACAAGUCUGCGGUACAAUGA